GGGUGGAGGAGGAGGAGGAGCGGAGGGAGGAGCAGCCAGUCAGUCUGCUCGCUCGCAGGGAGAAUCAGCGGCAGGACAAUGGACCGUCUAUACAACGGAUCCUAACGGGCACCGGGCUGCUUCCAACAAACCGCAGCAAAUAAGGAGGACACGAGGUGAAAAUCAAACGGCUCCAGAAUGCUGCCAUCAUCAUCGCUGUUAGCCUGCUGUUCACCAGGGUGCGUUUGAUUUACCAACCAUGAUGAAGACUGAGCCCCCGUCUGCCACCGGGGGCAACGGGACCCCCGGGGGCAGCAGCGGGGGAGGCGGGAGCACGAACCUGCGGAGCCCCUCCCCCCAUCGCAACGCCUACGAGGCAGGGCUGGCGGCGCUGAAGCAGACCACCGACCACCUCAACAACGCCGCCAACGGACGACCUGACCCGACCUCCAAACCCGCUCCCCUGCCCCGCCCGACCGGGAGGGGCCGGAGGUACGGCUCAAACGUCCACCGCAUCAAGAACAUGUUCAUGCAGAUGCAGUCACCCGGCGACGAGGAGGACGGCGCCAAAACUGUCGGUAAGGACCAGGUGGUGAAACUGUCCCUCCCCCGGGCGUCCAGCCUCAACGAGAACGUGGACCACAGCGCUCUGCUCAAACUGGGCGCCACGGUGUCCGAGAGGGUCCACCGCUUCGACCCCAAGGCCGGCGGGGAGGGCGGGGGCUCGCGGGGCCACGGGGCCUCGGCGAGCGGCCUCUCCAAGCUCCAGGAGACCAGGAAGAUCUUUGAACAGCGCACCCUGCAGCGGUCUGUCUGUGUGUGUCUCCUGCAGGAGAAGCAGGCGGCCACAAACCGGAUCCUGCUGAAGAAGGAGCGGGCGUCGGGCUUCCAGGGCGGCCGUCUGGACGUCGUCGCCCGUUUCAACGGUUCCACCGAGGCUCUGGACCGGCUGGACAACCCCCCCGCCGCCAUCCCCUCCGCCGCCGCUGCCGCCACCGCCGCCGCCCCCGGGCCCCGGGAGGCCGUCAGCCCCACCGUGAGCCAGCUCAGCGCCGUGUUCGAGAAGGCAGACAUGCGAAACAAUCUGCACCUCCCCCACAAGCCAUCAGGCCCGUCUCCGGCACCCAAACCCCCCAAACCUCCUGCGCCGGGGGUGAAGGCAGGCACCGACGGGAGGAAGGAGAGGCUGUUUCCUCCAGGUGAGGAGGCGCAGGAGGAGGCGACAGCAGGCGCUGAGGGCAGCCAGGGGUCGGAGCCGCCGGAGGGGACGGGCUCUCCUCAGAGGAGCAGAGCAGGAGCAGGCAGGAGCCAGGAGAAGGAGAAGGAGGCGUCUGCACAAUCAGGAGAGCAGCUCUCCACCUCCCCCUCCUCCUCUUCAUCCUCCACGGCUGUCUCCUCCUCCUCCUCCUCUGAGGCCAAACCAGAAGUGGAGGCCCAGCCAGGGACCGAAACCAGGGGCUCGAGUACGACGGCCGGCCCGGAGCAGGAGCCCGAAGCCGGGGAUCAGGCGGACUCGGCCGCGGGGUCUGAGGCCGGGGCCCGGCUGGUGCAGGCCGAGGUCCACGCCUCUCUGGAAAACGGAGAGAAACACCCCGCCGCCUCCGAGGAGACCGGAGGGGAGGCGGAGAGGAAAGGAAACGAGGAGGAGGAGGAAGACGAGGAGUCGAGGAAGGAGGAUUACUCGGAGGGGGAUCUGGUGGAUAUCAGCGCCUACAGCGGGCUGGGGGAGGACGACUCGGGGGGCAGCCAGCUGGAGGACGAGGACGACGAGGAGGACGAGGAGGAGUACCAGCCGGAGACCAGCUGCACCGAGAUGCCCGGCCUCCCCGAGGAGGAGGAGCCUCCGCCGGCCAAUAGGAAGAUCAAGUUCAGCACCGGUCCAAUCAAGGUCUUCACCACCUACUCCAACGAGGACUACGACCGGCGCAACGAUGACGUGGACCCCAUGGCCGCCUCGGCCGAGUACGAGCUGGAGAAGAGAGUGGAGAGGCUGGACCUGUUUCCUGUGGAGCUGGAGAAAGACGGUGAUGGUCUGGGCAUCAGUAUCAUUGGAAUGGGAGCAGGAGCAGAUAUGGGUCUGGAGAAACUGGGGAUCUUCGUGAAGACCGUCACGGAGGGCGGAGCGGCGCAGAGAGACGGCAGGAUCCAGGUGAAUGAUCUGAUAGUGGAGGUUGAUGGGACCAGCCUGGUCGGCGUCACUCAGAGCUUCGCCGCCUCCGUCCUCCGCAACACGACCGGCACCGUCAAGUUUGUGAUUGGCCGGGAGAAGCCGGGGGAGCAGAGCGAGGUGGCCCAGCUGAUCCAGCAGACUCUGGAGCAGGAGAGGUGGCAGAGGGAGAUGAUGGAGCAGAGAUACAACCAGUACAUGGACGAUGAUGAAGAGACCGGUGAGUACGCGACAGACGAGGAGGAGGAGAUGAGUCCGAUGUUCCCGAACUCCAUCGAGGUUUUCGACCUGGCCGAGAACCAGGACAUGUUGUCUCCUGUGGAGCUGGACCCCGAGAAGCUGGCACACAAGUUCAAGGAGCUCCAGAUUAAACACGCAGUGACGCAGGCAGAGAUCCAGCUGCUGAAGAGGAAGCUGGCCCAUGCGGAGCAGGAUAAGCUGCGGUGGCGGAUGGAGCGCGCUCAGCUGGAGCAAAACAUCCGGGAGAACAAGGAGAGGAUGGAGAAGCUGGAGGGCUACUGGAUGGAGGCUCAGUCGCUCUGCCAGGCGGUGGACGAACACCUGAAGGAGACGCAGGCUCAGUACCAAACCCUGGAGAGGAAAUACAGCAAAGCCAAGAGGCUGAUCAAAGAAUAUCAACAGAAGGAGAUCGAGUACCUGAAGAAGGAGACGGCUCAGCGUCGAGCUCAGGAAGAGAGCGAGGCCACGCACAAGGUGGAGACGGAGAACCUGCAGGAGAAGAUCACAGACCUGGAGACCAAAGUGGACGCCCUGAAGACCGCCGAGCCCUCCUAGACCUCCCGCACUUCCUGCUUCCUGCCCCGGACCGGAGGGGGAGGAGCUUUGCCUUCAUUCUUA